AUGAAGAGUGCAGAGUGCCCAGCGAUGACGUCUGAACGCAUUUAUUACAUGCCGCAUCGCGAAGUUAUCAAGGAGCAGUCGUCGUCGACCAAAAUUCGGAUCGUUUUCGACGCGUCGUCUCACGCCCGCGCUUCCACUUCACUGAACGACCAUUUAGAAAAGGGUCCUAAGCUGCACCCAGAUCUUCUAGACGUUCUCGUACGCUUCCGGAUGAAGUCCAUAGGAAUGACCGGAGAUAUCCAGAAAGCUUAUCUACAGAUAGGAGUUAAAGAAGAGGAUAGAGACUCACUCCGUUUCCUAUGGUUCGACGAAAUUUCACCGCACUCAGCUACCACAAGAAAUAUUGUAGAGUGGCGCAUGACCAGAGUGCCGUUUGGUACCACCGCGAGUGCGUUCCUGCUUUCUGGCACUCUCAAUCAUCAUUUUGCCAAUGCGGGGCAGCGUUUCAAACGGACUGCAGAAAUUAUGAUGAAGUCCUUUUACGUGGAUGCUCUCGUUUUCGGAGCCGAUUCUGCUGUGGACGCUUUACAGCUAUACAACGAAGCAAGAAUUAUCUUGAGCAGUGCGAAAAUGGAGUUGAGGAAAUGGUCGUCAAAUUCUCCAGAGCUACGAGAAAAGUUCCAACAAGACGGGGUAAGCGCCCCUACCCAGCCAUUCAAUUCCAAAAUAAAGGUCCUCGGAAUAGUGUGGAACACACAGGACGAUUGUCUAGCAGUCGACAUCGAGGGCAUCCUAAGUUCUGUUUCAAAAAACGGCCAAACAAAGAGAGCGGUGCUACAAACUCUUGCAAGGAUUUUUGACCCUCUGGGACUGCUGAAUCCAUUCACCAUAGGAGCGAAGACACUAUUUCAAGAUCUGUGGAAACACGAAGUGGAUUGGGGCGAGAAGAUACCAGAGGCCUUCAUCGACGUCUGGGAGAGCUGGUGUCAACAGAUUUCGAGCAUAUCGGAUGUGGAGGUACCUCGUUGCAUUUCACCCCAGGUGGAAGUUACUGUCAAGUUCACGUGUUCUGCGACGCGAGCAAACGUGCUUACGGUUGUGCAGCCUACUUACGCUGGGUGA